GACCUUCAAGUGCUCAAUAACCUUUAUCAGUGGACGAUACCACUGAAGCGUUACUUCAAGGUUACCUUGGUGUCACUUCUGUGCUGUUCAUGAUUUAUUGUUUACGGGAUUUUUAGUUCCCAACCUGUUCAAGAUAACAAUAAAAUUUCAGCCUGCGACUCGGUGCCCUUUGUAAGUUCAUGGAUAAAGUAAUCCUGACUGAUGUCAUGCUGAAAGUUCCCAACUUUGGGGAAAUUUUGAUGAAAAACCCAAAAGUCAGGGAAAAUUUUGGGGAAAAAUGCAAAAUUUCCCCAAAAUUGUGAAAAAAUUUGAGGUUUUAUUAAUAAAUGUAAGCCAUUUCCCCAAAGUUUACUAUGGCGGCUUCCCCAAAGUGGGUCAAAUUUUCCCCAAAACUGGGAGAUUGGGUAUGUUUGUAUGCUUUCAAGGAUAGAGGUCAAAGUACGGAUGCGUACUCAUAGGUGUUCGGAGCACCACUCUCUUAAUUUUACAUCUAUCGUGAUUUUCCUUUCAUAUGAGUUAAUUAACACAUUACAGGAAAGCGUUUUUAUUUGAGUAACAUCAUUCAUAGGAAUUUUGCAAGUUAGUUCAUGUUUUUUAUAUUUUUAGGCAAAGAAACAAUCGUAUUAUUUGUUUAUACGAUAUUGAUGAGUAAUCUAUGUUUAGGUCGCGUAUCAACCUCAUUUUUAUCUCGUUUCAUAAACUCCCCAAUCAGUUCCAUACUACAUCCAACAAAGUGAGAAGCUUGGCGAAAAUCCCCGUUAGUCCAGUAACAUAUCAAGUUUUUUUAGGUGGACUUUCUUGUGGAAUUUUUGCAAUUGCUUGGAUUUCAAAGUCUAAGAAGCCGCGUAUCAUUACACUAGAGGAACUUGCUCAGCAUAACUGUAAGGAACGGGGAGUUUGGGUCUCUCUUAAAGGUAAAGUAUACGAUGUUACGAGUUUUGUUGACGAUCAUCCUGGGGGUGACAAAAUUCUUUUGGCCGCUGGGUCUGACGUCUCUUCAUUCUGGUCCGUUUAUGCAUUUCACUAUCAGAGUCAUGUUUUGAAAAUACUAGAGAAGUACUAUAUUGGAGAACUUGACAAAUCGGACUUUGUCGAAGAAGAAGACAAUGAAGAUAUAUAUAGUUCUGAUCCUCAGAGAAAUCCGGAUUUGAAAGUGGUUUCGCAGCGUCCUUUUAAUGCGGAAACUCCUCUUUCAUCAGUAUGUAGCAACCCAAUAACUCCUACUGAUUUAUUUUUUGUAAGAAACCACCUUCCUGUUCCUGAUGUUGAUCCUGAGACAUAUAGACUUGAAAUAGCUUCUUCGGUUAUAAAAGUUAACAAUCAAUCACUGAAUUUGUCUUUAAAAUUACAAGAUAUUCUAAAGAAUUAUCCUCGUAAAAGUUUAGUAUCCACCAUUGUUUGCGCUGGGAACCGACGAUCAGAUAUGAUCAAGUAUGAUAUAAAAAAGGCUGAAUUAGAAGAACAUAGUCCUUAUGUGAAAGGCUUAUCGUGGUCUGAGGGAGCGAUUUCUACGGCAGAGUGGACUGGUGUACUGUUAGUGGACUUAUUGGCUUAUCAUCUGUUACCUUCAAACCAAAGAACAAACUAUCAAGCACUCUACGAAUUGCUUAAAAAUGCAGGUGUACGUCACGUUCGAUUUGAUGGACUGGAUAUAGAUCCUACUGGUGGAGCUUUUGGUUCAUCGCUACCAAUUGAUUUAGCUUUAGAUCCUCAGAGGGAGGUAAUCAUUGCUUUUAAAAUGAACAAUAAGCCAUUAACUCGGGAUCAUGGUUUCCCAUUGAGAAUUAUCAUACCUGGUUCUAUUGGAGCUCGUCAAGUUAAAUGGCUAGGUCAAAUACGGUCCUACUUGCAUGUUAUAUAUCCUUAUUAUUGUCGUCUAACAACUCACUAUUCUUGGUUUAAUAACUCUUAAAAGAUCAAAAAUUCUCACUGUAGAUUAAAUGUAGAAGCUGCUAUAUUUCUUGUUAAUUCAUGUUUUCUUGUACAGUUCUGAAGACGUUUCAACGAAAAAAAAUUCCCUGAGCUGUAUAAUCAUGUUUAUUGUUAACUUUUUACAUUUGAUAGUUAUGAUACGUUAAAGGAAUGUUACGUCAUCAAACAAACUUAUCAAAAACAGUCAAACGUAUCCAUGUGUGAAUGUAAAACUCGACAAUAAUGAAAUGUUUUUUCAUUAGUUAAUAAAGAAAUCAGAGAUUAUUAACAAAUUUCAAAUAUUGACUAUAAUAGCCUAUGAAUAAAAGGGUAUCACUUUAAAGUAAUUAAAAUUAUCGAGAGUUUUCAACUAUUGAGUAAAAUUAGUAUCGCGAUCAAAAAUUAUUUAAGAAUUAAGUGAUAUAAUAAUUACAAAAACAAUAAGAAAUAAUAAUUCAUAAAUUCAUUGCAAAGGAAAACUGCGGAGAGAGAGACAAAGAAUAAAGUAAUAAUUAUCAAUUAUGAUUUGCAAAGUUAGGAGGGGUGCUAAAGUAACAAAAGAAUAAGGGAUUGAACAUGACUCCUUUAUGCACAAAAGUUAGGUUUGAAAUAGUGAGUUGUUGUAACUUCAAUUGUGCAUAAAUUCUUCAUCUAAACCUUCUUCGAGCCAGCUGUUUCGACUUAAAAUCUUAGUAACUCGUUACUGUGUUAUUGAAGCGUAAACAGUAAUCUUGAAACUUACUUUUAUCUUAUCCAUCAGUUUGUUUUCUAUCUGGUAUAUAUAUAGCUUACAUAAGCGUUAUCACUUCAUAUAUGUCGUUACGAUUAAUAGAUCAUAUUUAUGAAUAUUUGUUGAAAUGACAUCGUCCUUAUUGGAUUAUGUCUAUUUUAAUUUUAAUGUUUUGAUGACUGUUAAAUCGCUUGAAGCUAUAACAAUACAGUAAUUAAGAUUAUUGUUAGCAAUUGUUUACUUGUAAGGACUUUUUUUUAGUGUUUUGAUUAGAUUUUUUGUCUUUAGACUACCCAAUGUAUGAGUAACGUUAAGCAUUUUUCUCGUAUUGUUGGGUGUGAUCUCAAGCUUUAGUUGUGUUUUUGAAUUUUGAAUAUCAAUUAUAAUUGAGAGCUGGAUUUGUAUUUCAUGUCUAUAAUUUUAAUUGAUAUUUAUUGUUUGUUUGUAUCUUCCCAUUGAUGUUAAGGACUUCAAUUGAUAAUCAGUCUCUCUUAACAUUUAUGUAUCCUGUGUGGAUUACCUUGAUAUAGCCAGUUAAUCACAGGGAUUUUAGGGAAAGAUGGAUAAUAGCCAGUGUUGAAAUCCGUCCGUUUUGGGAUUCUUCAGCCGGAUUUACCUGCAUCCUAGAGUUGAUGUUCACUCAGGAUCUCGUAAUCAGUACCUUUCGCUACGAAGAAAAUCGCUCUACCCACUUUUCUACUGAGUUUAUAUAUAAACUGGCUUGUGCAAUGAGGGGAAUUUUGAUUCUAAUUUAUACAUAUAGGUUGUUUGGAUCUUCCCAUUAAUGUUCAGAUCUGCGAUUAAUCAGUCUAUCUGGGCAUCCCAUUGUACAAGCCGGGUUAUAUCUGAACUCAGUUUCGAAGUGGAUUGUUGUGACUUUAUGUCCGGCUUUUUAUCACGUGAUUUAUCCACCAAUCAAAAUACGAGUUAUACAAUCUUAGCACUGUACCAAAACCAAUGACGUUCAACCGGUAUGAGCAGCCUAGCGUCCUUAUUGGUCCUAUGUCCGCCUAGCCCGUCCACUUGAGUCCAAAACACCAAUACCAGCUUCCACUAUGCGAAUCGAAUCAUUUAUUUCGGACAUACUGGGUUUAUAUAUCAACCAAACAGACCGCAACGCACCAUAAAAUAGGAAAUAACAUUUGUACACAAUAAAGCCAAAAAGUGGCUGUGAACAUGGGAGGCAGUAGUUAAUAAACUGAACAUAGCUGAAGAACAGUAAAUCGUACAAUAAUAAAUCAUAGGUCAAAAUAAAGCUUAUAAUAAGAGGAAUAUGAAUAUACAUAAUCUAAUUAUUGAAUAGUUAUACUAUAAGAAUAUAUAGAUAAUAUUAGUCGAUUAAUAUGUCUCAGAAGUUACUCGUGAUUUAAUCUUCGCUCAUGGAUAAUGCGAUGUUUGUAGUGAAAGGUACUGGAUAAGAGUUCCUGAGUGGACAUUAACUCCGGAAUCCUGGUACACCCAGCUUAAGAGUUUUAAAUAGAACCAAACGUGUGUUAUGGAUCCCACUGUUAGCCACUAUUCAUCUUUGCUUAAUAUUGAUGUUUACAGGUUGUUUGAAUACGGAACUCUACAUACAUUGUUUGUAUUACCAGUUUAGUUUACCAAUAACGACUUCUGUGUAAUGAACAGACUACUCCGUACCAGUUUCUGAGAAUCUUAUCAUAUUAUUAUUUUACCUUGAGAGGUUAUUGUGUAGAACAUAUUGACUCUUUAGAUUACAUUAUCAACGGACGAAAGUGAAAGCUUUUGGCAGCAGGGUGAUUAUAAAUAUGUUCUACCGAUGGGUGAUGGUAAGGUCCCAGAUCUGAAGGGCUUACCGGCUAUUUUGGAUUAUCCUGUUCAGUCAGUUAUUUGUAAACCUUCUGAUGGCCAAACCCUCAAAAACACUGGGAGUGUAAUUUUGUCAGGCUAUGCAUUCAGCGGAGGUGGGCGUGGGAUCAUUUCCGUUCGCAUUUCUUCGGAUGGUGGCAGGUCUUGGUACCAAGCGAAAUUGUCACCAGCCAGUCCUCCUGCAGCAGGUGAUGUAACAGACAUAGACAAUCCUCAUUCUUUAAAAAACCGGAGCGUGAAACAAUGGGCGUGGACAAUAUGGACUGUGGAGGUUCCUAUUCCAAGCAAGUGUUUAAUAAUGCUUACAGAUGUUUUUGUCUGUCUUACUUUCAUAGUUCAGAGAGCUGUGACUGUGGUUCGGACAGUUUUAGGUGGGAAUUUGUGUACAUAAUUAUCGAUAACCACUAUAAUAUUUGUGUACUUUGGGACUUAGGUUUGAACGCCCACUAUCAAGACAUUUCCUCAUGAGCUUAAGAUCUCUUCAGUCACUUGAACUUGCAUAACCGCCUGUUAUCAUAGUCCCUAAGAUUUCCGGUGCAGCUCUCGGUGUAAUGCACAAAAUGUCCAAAUAUACUGGGUUGCACUAAGCUGCGGUUGAGUUUGUAUUGUGUCGUACUUUUUGAUGUAUAAGGACUUAAGUCAUUCCUUGCAUCUUUAUGCCAGACAUGUAUUUUACAGACUCUGAUAUUAAGUGAACGGAGAUAUUUUUCGUAGUUCUUCCUACAGUCUUGACUACGUUUAGUGUUUGAUAAUGCGGAAUUGAUGGCGAUGGUAAGUAAACGUUGACUAUGGUUGAGACACUAGAGUUUCCACAUUUGGGACUAAAACCAGAAGCUGCUGGCGUUUAACGGUUUGGUUAUAUAAUAUCACGUUCCCGGAACCAGUAUAAUGGUGUGAUGCUGUAUGACUUUGGAAUCUAGCGAUUUAAAAAUAAUUUAUUCCAUGCAUACUGUUCGCAUUGCUCAAUUAAAAAUUAUCCGUCAUUUUAAUCACUGGUGUCUCGUAAUCUAAAAUAGAUUGUUUUUUGUAAUUAUUUUUUUGCAGAAGAUAUUCGUGAAGCAGAGUUUGUGUGUUCGGCUGUUGAUAGCUCUUACAACACCCAACCGGAAUUCUGCUCAGCUACUUUAAACAUUCGCGGCUUAUUGUCAAACUGUUGGCACCGAAUUAAUGUUAAAUUCGACGCUUCAAGCUGAAAAACUUGAUUUUGAUUCAUGAUUACUUCUAUGCAAGAAUUAUUUUGAUUUUUAGAUAACGCUUUUGUGUUAAAAUAUAUUUUAUAUUUUUGGAA